AGUAACUUCACUGGUGCAGUAAUAUUACCGAACAAAUUAAGGGGUCAAUACAUCAAUAGCAUAUAUCUCUGAUGCAGUAAUUUUGCUGAAGAAAUUGAAUGAUCAACACAUGAGUGGCAUAUAUCUCGGAUACAGUACGUCUACUGAUCAAAUUGAAUGAUCAAUACAGUGGCAUAUGUCCUUGAUGCACACAUCGAGCCUUGAACUGUCCAUGGUCCUCUGACUUGUCACACCUUACAGUUUUGGAGCGCCUGUAUCUGCUUAUGUACACCUCAUUCAACUAAAACAGCUUUACUCCGGAAUAUUUUUGGGGAACGUUUCCUAAUUUCUUCACCAAGACAUUUUUCAGCUGAUCCAGUGUGUGUGGUGGGUGAAAUGAUAUAAUCAACCCUGAAUGUAUUCCCAGAUGAACUGGCAGUUUCUUUUAAGCAUGUGCUUAUGUGCAGCUGUUGUUUGCGUACAAGGACUGCCGAACAACCACAGGGUCCAGAAAAGAAGUCAAAAGAUCUGUGGGACGCAAUUAGCCGAAGCCCUAGCUAUAGUGUGUCACAGUUUCUACUAUAGCCCCUUCAAGAGAGUGGAAACUGAAUUACCUACCAACGAUGAUGAAUCCGAUGAUAAUCUAACUUUCGAAGGAGGAUUGCUACACAGUAGGAGUGCCCUAUCGCUGUUUGGGAAGCGGGACAUGCUCUUUCGGAAGGUCAGAGGGGUCACUGAUGAAUGUUGUAGGAAAGGUUGUACCAUCACCGAGUUAACAUCGUACUGCGGUAGAGAGACCUAAACUUUCAAGUUAAAAUAUGUAUUAUGUCAUCAGAUCAAAUGAUAGAGAGUGGUAACUUUUUGUUCAUCAUAGACGUUUUUCGUUCAGUUUCUUUCCACAAAUAUUUUCGCUACAGAUAUCAGGGUUGAGUUUUAUUGUAUGAUAUUUUAUUCGAAAUAAUAACAUAUGAUGACUAGAAACAACAAGAUGUAUAAUUUAAGCUGUACCAAGUCGCUUGAAGUGAAGAAUCCCCAUUAUGUAUUUUAUCUGAGGAAUAAAAUGUGUUUGUUCACAGUUUUA